CCCCAAGAAGGAAAAAAAAAGAAGAAAUACGGUUGGUUACUCCAUUUUCCUUCCAUGGCCAAGUUCUCCUUCGCCGACGCCGACGCCGACGAAGACCCUCCACCCGCCGCCGCCGCCGGGUCCGAGAAGAGGAAGCGCGAAGGCGGCCCUGCCCCUGAAGACGGGGCGGCUGGUGGAGGGCCGCCCCCCAAGGCCCGGAGACUGGAGGUCGUGGGCGGCGAGCGGGAGGAGAGGGCGGUGGCGGGGUGCGGUCGGGAGGUGGGGAGGGUCGGCGCCGGCGGGGAUGGCGACGCGGCGGGGAUCAGCAUGCGGAUCGACCCGGACCUGCUCGACUGCUCCAUCUGCUUCGAGCCCCUCUGCCCUCCCCUCUACCAGCUUGUUUUGUGUAUUUUCCAGUGCCAGAAUGGCCAUGUAGCAUGCUUGUCCUGCUGGUCCAGGCUCAGCAACAAGUGUCAUGUUUGUUCUCAUGAUGCGAUCUUUGCACGGAACAUUGCACUGGAGAAGAUUGUUGAGUCAAUCAAGUCCUCCUGCGCAUACGCCAAGUGGGGCUGUUGCGAGUUGGUUAGCUACACGCAACGAAACACACAUGAAGAAACUUGCCUCUUUGCUCCUUCAACGUGUCCGAUUCCUGGCUGUGGAUACAGAGGCUUCACAGGGCGUUGGUCAGGCCACUUCCUCGUCGACCACCACAGUGCCGAUUUCUUGCACUUCGUUUACGGCCAGCCAUUUGAAGUGAAUUUGGAGGCGUCCCUGCCUUUUCUUGUUCUUCUCGGAGAGGACGAUCACCUCUUCCUGCUGCUGAACAAGAACAUGACGCCCUUCGGGCAUGCCUUUUCCGUGGUUUGCCUCAGGACUGGCGAUUUGAACUGGAAGUUCUCCUACGAAAUCGAAGCGGCCAGUACGAGAAACCCCGAAAACUGCCUGCAACUCAAGGCCUCUGUCACAAAUGCAAAGGAGUGGGCGGGUCUGCGCCCUACAAAAGCUUUCCUUUUGGUCCCAUAUGAUUUCUGCAGUUCUACUAACCUAACGCUGAAUCUCUCGAUUGGGAGGUCUGCCUCUGUAUGAUGUGAGCAUGUCAUGUUCUCUUCUAUUCCCUGUGUUCACAAAUGUAAAUGUGUGCAGCACUGUAAAUUUGUUUUGUAAAGUAAUUUCAGCAUGUGCAUGUAGAUGUGAAGGCACUGGUUCCACCUGGCAAUUACAACACUGUAAAGGCUAGUCUAAAUUUAUGGAAGUAAGAGUUUCACAGUUCAUUUA